UUCAUAUGUCAGUAGCGUCAGAAAAAAUGCAGAUACUCUGAAAGAUGUGUUUUGUACUGUGGUGAAAAUUAAGUCGUCUCUAAUUUUUUUUUGCCCCCCCUUUUCGUUUUUCGUAAUUUAAUUUUAUAUAUCUUUUAUAUGAACAAAAUUGUAUGGGAACGGUGUGCGGAUGUACGAUAGAUAAAUUGAGAGAGAGCCAUGUCGCUGGAACAACAAACUACUUGCGAAGUAGAUGUUAUUGCAGAUUUAAAGGCCUUCGAGAGGCGACUGACUGAAGUGAUAUCCUGUUUGCAGCCAGCCACAACACGAUGGAGAAUUGUUCUCAUUGUUGUCUCAAUUUGUGUGGCAAUCGGAGCUGGGCAAUGGUUGAUGGAUCCAGUAACAAGGAUAGUACCUUUACCACAAUCACUUUCUAACCAUCCCUUCUUUAUUUUAGCCACUAUAAUGCUUCUUAUUAUUUUUAUCCUGGGUGUACAUAGGAGGGUUGUAGCUUCGUCAAUAGUUAUAUCUAGGGUAAGGGAGGUUUUAGACGAUUUUAACAUGUCUUGUGAUGACACUGGGAAACUGAUCCUCAGAGCAAAAAAACUUACUUGACAACUAUAUUAUAUUAAUUUAGAUGCAUACCAAAAUGUACAAUAAAUAAAUGAAUUCCUUUGUAACUGUGUGAGUCUUUCAUAAAUAUACAUUAUCUCAAGA